AUGAAUUAUGAUAAUAAAUUUCGUUUUUUACAUCGAUCAAUAAUUCUUUGUUAUUUAUUGAUCAUUAAUUUUAUUAUUAAUGGUAUAAAUGCUGAUACAAAAAAAUCUUUAAAUGAUAUUGGUAAUGAAAAACAUGUAUUUGAUGGACAAUUUAGUAAUAAAAAAAAUUUUGUUAUCGAUGAUUGUAUACCAUUAGCAUUUGGAGAUUUUAAUGCCGAUAAAAUUAUUGAUAUAUUUUGUCGAAAUACACAAGGUAAUAGUAUUCGAGUUAUGCUUAAUGAUGAUCGAUCACCAACAUCGAAAGUACAAUAUAUAGUUAAUAUAACAGGAAUUAUUUAUGAUGCAUUAGCAGCUGAUUAUGAUGGAGAUAGUAAACUUGAUUUAUUUAUACUUUAUAAAACAACAUCAGAUCAAACAAUGUACAAUGGUGGUUUUCUAUGGGGUGAUAGAAUUAAGUUAAGUAAGUAUUGAUACAUUUUUUUUAAAUAGUAAAAUUAAGUUUUUAGAAUACUAAAAAAAAGUUAUUUUUGACUAUUCGAAACAAUGAAAUCUCGAAAGAACAUUUUAUUAAAAAAAUUUUUUUUUUUCUCUCUACUUGACACAUACUACAUUAUUCACUGUUACUUUUAUUAUGUAAUGAAGAGUUUCAGACACUAAUACCUGUCCAAAAAUAUAGUGACCGUGAGUAUUUUUGAAAUAACUCAAGAACGGAAAG